GGCCGGCGCGGCCCCAACUACCUCACGCAAAAGACCCGAAAACCUUCGAUAAUUUUGCCCGGUGUUAACAACUUGGGCUUUGCGUGCCUUUGAUAAGGGGGCCUCACGCAGUUUCCCAGAGAUCCCUCUCCGCUGUAUACGCCCCUUUCGCUUAUUGCUGCUACUUCCUUUCGCCUCAUCUUUCCCACCUUCUCCCCUUUUUUGCGGAUGCUGCCUCCCCUCUCUGGAGUGUUGCUCAGCCCUGUAGUCCCGGGCAUCGCUUGCUGGCCUCGGGAGGGGGUUGCAUUCUCGACCAAAAGAUCAUCAUCUCCCGGGAGAACUUCUUGGUCCUGAUGUCUGACCAUGGAGAUGUGAGCCUCCCACCCGAAGACCGGGUGAGGGCUCUCUCCCAGAUAGGUAGUGCAGUGGAGGUAAAUGAAGACAUUCCACCCCGACGGUACUUCCGCUCUGGAGUCGAGAUUAUCCGAAUGGCGUCCAUUUACUGUGAGGAAGGCAACAUUGAACAUGCCUUCAUCCUCUAUAACAAGUAUAUCACGCUCUUUAUUGAGAAACUACCAAAGCAUCGAGAUUACAAAUCGGCUGUCAUCCCUGAAAAGAAAGACACAGUAAAGAAAUUAAAGGAGAUUGCAUUUCCCAAAGCAGAAGAGCUGAAGGCAGAACUGUUAAAACGAUAUACCAAAGAAUAUGCAGAAUAUAAUGAAGAAAAAAAGAGGGAAGCGGAAGACUUCGCCCGGAACGUAGCCAUCCAGCAAGAGCUGGAGAAGGAAAAACAGAGGGUUGCACAGCAGAAGCAGCAGCAGUUGGAGCAGGAACAGUUCCAUGCCUUUGAGGAGAUGAUCCGGAACCAGGAGCUCGAGAAAGAACGACUGAAAAUUGUACAGGAGUUUGGCAAGGUGGACCCUGGCCUGGGUGGCCCACUGAUACCUGACUUGGAGAAGCCCCCCCUCGAUGUCCUCCCCACGGCGCCUGUCAUAUCCACACAGCCUUCGGACUGUAAUACAACUGUAAGGCCUGCCAAGCCACCGGUAGUGGACAGGUCCUUGAAACCCGGAGCGCUGAGCAACUCAGCAGCCCCCACAAUCGAUGGACUGCGCCACGUGGUGGUACCUGGGAAGCUCUGCCCCCAGUUUCUCCAGCUGGCCAGUGCCAACACUGCCCGGGGAGUAGAGACCUGUGGAAUUCUCUGUGGAAAACUGAUGAGGAAUGAGUUUACCAUUACCCACGUUCUCAUCCCCAAGCAAAGUGCUGGGUCCGAUUACUGCAACACGGAGAACGAAGAGGAACUUUUCCUCAUACAGGAUCAGCAGGGUCUCAUCACACUGGGCUGGAUUCAUACUCAUCCCACACAGACUGCCUUCCUCUCUAGUGUUGACCUGCACACUCACUGCUCCUACCAGAUGAUGCUGCCAGAGUCGAUAGCCAUCGUUUGUUCCCCCAAGUUCCAGGAAACUGGAUUCUUUAGACUAACUGACCACGGACUAGAAGAGAUUUCUUCCUGUCGCCAGAAAGGCUUUCAUCCACACAGCAAGGAGCCGCCCCUCUUCUGUAGCUGCAGCCAUGUGACUGUUGUGGACAGAGCAGUGACCAUCACAGACCUUCGAUGAGCUUUUGAGUCAAACACCUGCCAAGAACUAUAACACCGUAUCAGUGUACUGUAGCCCCUUAAUUUAACCUUUCCAGAAACCUCUGGAAGCUUGUUUAGGCAGAAUAGAAAGUGAGUAUCACCUGGGGGAGGACUGAUUUUCUAUUUCUGGUUUGAAAGGAAAUACUCGAAUGUGUUUUUUAGGCACGUCUGGAAAACAGCACGAUCAUGCUGAAGCAACUUUUCAGUCUGCCUGUAACUAAAAAAUUAAGUUGAAAAAAUGCUAUAAUGAGCACUCAUAUACCCUUUGUUAUAAAUUCACUAGUUGUUAACAUUUUUUUCUCUCAGCUAUCCUUCUAAUCUCUCUGCCUAUUUUUUUAUUGUUUACCUUUGGACUAAUUAAGGGCAUCUAUGCAGAAAUUCGGAAGCCAUUUAGAAAAUCUUUGGGUUUUUCUGUGGUUUGUGGCACUAUUAAUGAAGCUUAUUACCAGGCUGAGAGACAGACAGCUCGCUAUGUCUGACCAGGUGGUGAGGCUCGAAAACCCUGAGGAAUGAUUUUGUCAGGAAUUAUUGUUAUUUAACAAAUAUUUCAGGAUAUUUUUUCUUCUACAAUAAAAUAACAAUUAACUUAUAUAUA